AAUCAAGGAAAUAAUUAUUUUUAAUGUUUCAGUAAUUCGUGACGUCUUCGAACAAAAUGAUUAAACCAGUAAUCCUUUGCUUGACCGCUUUGGUCAGCCUCUCACUAGGACACGUAUGUCUUGUGUCACCACAACAGAGAGGCGAUUGGAAUAAUGUUAACUCUGCAGCCUCCCCUGAUUGUGCAUUGACCACUGGGCCAUGCGGUGGACGUACUCAAGACUUUUCCUCUGCAACCGCUUUAGUGGCAGGGAAAAGCGUGACAGUGACUAUACAGAAGAACAAUAACCAUUACAACGCUGCCAACCCGGGCUAUUUUACAAUCUCACUGGGCGCCACUGAAGCUACAGUGAAAGAAGUCAAAAGAAUUCCAGACACAAGUGACCCUUCACUUUCACUCUACUCCGCUACUGUGAAUGUUCCUUCAACAACUGGUCACAUGAUUCUGCAAGUAACUUAUGUAACCAACACAACACCAACAUUUUACCAGUGCAGCGAUGUUCUGAUUGUUGCUUCUCCAGACACUAUUACUGUUGGAUAGACAGCUAUUUAUAGAUCUGACCCAGAAUCUGUUUUGUUCCAUUAUUUCUAUUCACUAAUGAGUUUCACAGUUGCCAAGGUGUUGAACAACGAAACUUUAAAAGUUAAUAGUAAUUCACACAUAAGGCCAUUAGAUCUAGUUUUGCAUAAUGUAUUAAAGCCAUAUUAAAUUUUGACUGAAAUCUGAAAAUUAAAAA